UCCGGUGGCGGCGGGGUUGAUGGCGGAGCCAACGCAGGGCACGGAGCCGCUGUGGCGAACGCCUCCGGGCCGCCUGGCCCCGCCGCACGUCUACCGCAUGGCGGAGGCGUUGGGCGCCGAGCUGCGCCGUCUUUCGGGCCGCUUUGGACCCGACGCCGUGGCCGGAUUGGUGCCGCCGGUUGUGCGGUUGCUGGAGCUGUUGGAGGCGUUGGUAGCACCGGUGGGCUCCGAGGGUGAGGCGCUGCUGUCCGAGCAGCAGGAUGCCGAGGACCUGGAGCAGAGGCUGUGGGAGGUCGAGCGCCGGGAGCGAGCCCUGCGAGGCCGCCUGGCCCAGCUGGAGGAGCAGAACCAGCAGCUCCUGGGGCAGCUGGCGGAGAGCCACCAGCAGGAAGACAGCACGGUGCGGAAGGAACGAGAGGUGAUGCUGCGGCUGAAGGAGGUGGUGGACAAGCAGAGGGAUGAGCUUCGUGCCCAAGCUCAUGAGAUCGUCUGCAAGAGCCGAGACACGGAGGCGCUGCAGGAGCAGCUGCACCGCUUCAUGUCCAUGAACGAGGAGCUGCGGCACAAAGUGGCCGUGGUGCAGGCGCAGCUCAAGAGCGCUCUGGAGAAGAAGUCGGACCUGGAGGCCGCUGUGCUGCAAACCCAGAGGGAAAUGAGCAGGAGGAGCAGGGCUGCCCCCGAGGCACCGCUGCCGCAGCCCAGCCAGGAAGGAGCAGCACCGCUGCCUGCGGAGGAGCCGCCGUGCCAGGAUGCGGGCAGGAGCCCGGCUCAGUGCUGCUUCUCCAUGGAAGAGCUGCAGCAGAUCCUGCAGGAGCGGAACGAGCUGAAGACCAACCUGUUCCUGGUGCAGGAAGAGUUGGCCUAUUACCAGCGGGAGCUGCUGAAUGAAGAGAGAAUCCCCAGCUUCUUCCUGGAUGCGAUGAAGUCGACAAUCAAAAAGCAGAGAAGAAAAAUCAGAGCCAAGAUGCUGGGGACGGCAGAGGAGUCGGCAAGUAGUGAGGAAGAGGAGGGCUCCUGGCUCCCGGCUCGAGGCGCAGACUGCGUGGAUGCUCCGCCUCCAGAAUCCAAAAUCAGAAGCUUCUUUGGGUUAUGGUAUCAGGGCAGCAGCAAAGACCCCCCUGUGCCCAGCUGCUCCAGAGCCUGGGAAAUCAUCGACUCACUGGACACACAGCAGGAUCAGUUGGGAGAGCAUAAACCAGACCAAAGCACACCAGCACUCUGACCCUAUUGGAUCUGACCAUGGCAUCA